CCCCUCCACUUUCUGCAGCUCCUGAGCCCCAUUGGCUGGAAAGAAAAGCAGAGGCGGAGAGUGCCUUGAAUGUUUUUCUCUUCCACACACGGUAAAACAGGCAGCCAGCAUGCACUGCCUGACAGAGACACUGGGGCUUGCAGUUUGCAAAUAGUUCCUGCUCUGCAGCAGUCACUUGGGCAUUUUAUGAUCGCAUGUCUUUAAUGGAAAGCACCGAAAAAGCCUUGCAACAUCCCAGUGAGCUAAACAGGAACUGACCAUAUGGGAGAAUCUGAUGCCAACAUAGAGACUGUUGAGACUCUGUGACAUAGAUCACCAAGCUGGAAAGCCAAAGAAGGUUUUCAGAGGAAUGCAAAAGGAACAGGAGUUUUAAAAGCAGGAAGCAGAAAGGGAUCACCAUAAGAUGAAUUUCACCCAGCAUCGUGGGACACUCCAGCCUCUCCAUUUCUGGAACCACAGCUACAGACUGCACGGAGGAGCCAGCGAGCCCAAUGCAAAGGUCCACUCCUCAGGAGGCUGCUAUGAGCAACUCUUUGUAUCCCCUGAAGUGUUUGUCACUCUGGGCAUCAUCAGCUUGCUGGAGAACGUUUUGGUCAUUGUGGCAAUAGCCAAGAACAAGAACCUCCAUUCACCCAUGUACUUCUUCAUCUGUAGCUUGGCAGUGGCUGACAUGCUAGUGAGUGUAUCUAACGGAUCAGAAACCAUUGUCAUCACGCUGCUAAACAAUACAGACACAGAUGCACAGAGCUUUACCAUAAACAUUGACAAUGUCAUCGACUCAGUCAUUUGCAGUUCCUUGCUUGCAUCAAUUUGCAGCCUUCUCUCAAUAGCAGUGGACAGGUAUUUUACUAUAUUUUAUGCCCUCCAGUAUCAUAAUAUCAUGACAGUGAAGCGUGUAGGGGUUAUCAUCACAUGCAUCUGGGCUGCUUGCACAGUCUCGGGCAUUUUGUUCAUCAUUUACUCUGACAGCAGUGUUGUCAUCAUCUGCCUAAUCAGCAUGUUCUUCACUAUGCUCAUUCUCAUGGCAUCCCUCUAUGUCCACAUGUUUAUGAUGGCUCGCAUGCACAUAAAAAAGAUUGCUGUUCUUCCAGGGACUGGCCCUGUUCGCCAAGGGGCCAACAUGAAAGGGGCUAUCACUCUCACCAUCCUGAUUGGAGUUUUUGUUGUGUGCUGGGCUCCCUUUUUCCUACACUUGAUUUUCUACAUCUCCUGCCCCUACAACCCUUACUGUGUGUGCUUCAUGUCCCACUUUAACUUCUACCUCAUCCUCAUCAUGUGCAAUUCCAUCAUUGAUCCACUUAUCUAUGCAUUCCGGAGUCAGGAGCUCAGGAAAACAUUCAAGGAGAUUAUAUGCUGCUGUAGCCUGAGAGGGCUUUGUGAUUUCCCUGGCAAAUAUUAAAUCAAAUGGAUAAAAAUGUUACUGUGUACACAACAGGCAGCACAGAUUUUGAAACCUUCAGAUCCUCUUUCUCAGCAGAGUUUGGUUCAAUCUUUAAGAGUGAGCUCCUCUUUCUGUCUCACCACCCCCCUCCUCCCUCCCAUUCUUGUGUCCCAUUCACGUGGAAUUCAUAUUUCUGUAUAGUGCUUAUGAUAUCUAUAGUUUGUAAUUUAUUUGGCUGGAAAGAGCAGUAGCACUUCAUAUCAGUUUGUAAGCAAGCAAAUAAAUGUAAUUAUGAAUGUGAAAUAGUAACAAACAUGAACAACUAUACAUUCCAACUGCUGACAAAAUAAAUAUCUUGCCUGACUUACAGUA